AUGGCAAGCAAGAAAUAUGUAAAUCUUAUCUAGGGAGCAUUCUGACUGCCACAGUCAGCUGGCAUAGCAUCAGACCUACCUCCACCAAAGCAUCUUUUCCCCUCCAAUCUUCAUCUCAAAUCAUGUGCCGUUGGAAUUAAAAAAGGGAUCUGCUUGGUAGAAGAUGGAAAAGUUUACGAAAAAAGAUUCACGAAAGAAGAAAACAAAGGCCACCUUAAAGAAAUUUUCAUCCAAAAUACCAUAAAAAAUAUAUCAUGCAAUGAUAUGAUGGGGAUGAUGAUAAAUAUUCAAGGAGAAGUUUUCAUCUGAGGCGAAGACUCCAAUCAAAGUGGACUUUUUGUGGAGCCUGGUCUAUUUUUAUCGGAAAACCCUAUUAAAGUUCCUCAACUUUCUGAAAUAGUUCAAGGUUCCUUAUUCUCUCUUCCUUUAUAGGCGAGCAAAAUUUAUUUCCUUCAAAAUUUUAAUUUAUAAAAGUGCAAUUUAGGUGAUAAACUUUGGUUUAGAAGGUGAUCUAUUUAAUUAUUAUUGAUUGCACAUUAUAUAAAAUAUUAUUUUAAAAAAAAAUCAACUUUUGAUUUUCCAAUGGUUGUUUUUGGUCAUUCAAAGCAUAAGGGUGGCUAGGGAAAAACACAUGCUGCUGUAAUCGACUCUAUGGGUCAUCUUUUUACGUGGGGAACUGGUUCUCAAGGCGAGCUUGGGACUCUUGGCUUUACAAUCAGCAAUCAGCCACCGCAGAUCGUUGAAAGCGCAAAAAUUUUUAAAGCCAAACAAGUAAUAUGUGGGCCUUCUUUUACUUGCAUAUGUACAGACGGAUGCUAUGUGUACUUAUACGGGAUUAUUGGAAGCGCUCACAAUUACACUAAUUCAAGACGAUCAUCAGUAGUAAGAAGACUCUCAACUCCUUCACCAAAAAAAGGAGCCGGGAAUUAUCCUUAUACAUUACCAGAAUUAGAGAAAUAUUCGACGAUUUUUGUAUGCUGUGGGACUAAUUAUAUUGCAACACUUACAGAUUCUGGAGAAGUUUAUGUUUUUGACGAUUGCAUGGACUUAGUAAAGCUUCCUGUCAAUUAUGGAAAUGAUAUUAAUUUUAUAGCAAGCACGCUAGAGGUAGUGUAUGGGUAUUCAAGAAAUUCAAAUUGUAUGUAUGAAUGAAGAGAAAAAGUCCAAAGCAUGCUUUCAACUAACUCUGAUUUGUGUGACUGUCAGCUUGCUUAUUGGAUAGGAAGGGUUUAUAGUAUUGACAGUGAGUACUCUACAAGGCUGAGCCUGAUCUCUACUUCUUCACAUAUAGCUGGGCUUUUAUAUGAAGCUGAAGAGCCAGGAUAUAAAAAUAUUGCUACAUUUAUAGAUGAACUUUCUCCUUAUAAGAGAUCAGAGUGCACAACUAAGCUGAUCGGCUCGGUUUUUGACUCAAUUGACUACAAAAUGGAAAAAAAUCUUUCUUUACGAUCAAGUCUAACUCUCACUACCCUCUAAAUUGGAGCAAAAUAUAGGCAAAAUUUUUAUUUUCACACCUUUAAAUUGAAACAAUUGUUUUUUAUUAGGAAAAAUUUUUUAGGUGAAAAUACUAAUUUUUUAUAAAAAAUUAGUUUUGAUCUAAUUUAAUAAAAAAAAUCCAAUUAUAGUAUUAUUUAAAAUAGUUUAGAAACUGAAUACAUUAAUUUUUUGAAUUAUUUCUUAUAAAAAAAUCAUUUAAAUUUAAAGUAUGGUGCCCAAUUUAUAUUCUUUUAUUUUUAUAAAUUUUUUUAAUUUAAAAAAAAAUAAAUCAAAUUGGGGCAAGGUUUUUGUUCCAAUUUAAAAGGGGGAGGAGAAGUAAGAAGUUCUUUAGAUCUCACCAAUAUCGAGGGGCAUGAAGAUUUAGAAAGGCUUUAUCCAAAAGGCAACAAUGACAAAACAAUAGUGAAAAUAAUUCAAUAUCGCAAUGAAUUCGAAAGAAAAGAAAAACUAGCAAAAUUAAUAUCUCUUAUAAUCAGCCCAAUAAUAAAAAGCAGUUUUUUGAAAAUAAAAGAAUUUGUAAGUGUACAAAAAAUGUGUGAAAAGACCCUAUCAGCAGUCUUAAUGUCUGGGGCAAUUGGAAAAUUCUAUCAUAAAUAUAGAAUUGGAGGUGAAGCUUAUGCAUUUCAACUGAUUAAAAGAUUUUCUAAUUUGAGCUGAAAGGAUGACUCAAUCUAUGAUCAACGAAAAAUAGAAGGAAUUAGAGAAAUUUGGCAUGAAAUUUCAACUUUAUGCUAUAAACAGAAAUUAAUGGCUUUUACCUUAAUAAAAGGAAGAGAGAUUUUUUGCCUGCAAAGAAAAACAGCUUUUUUGACCCUAAAGCAGCUAAUUAAAGACAUGAACAGAAAAGCAAUCAAUAUAGCAUUUGAUAAAUGAUCAAGUAUUAGCUCAUUUGACGAAAAUAAAUUUCACAUCUACAAAUUGGUUAGUUUACUUUCAAAAAUAAGGACUCGAAAUUUAAAUCUUGGGCUUAAAAGUCUUACUAUAUCAGCAAAAGAAAAAGAUAGUGACCAAAAAGCUACUGGGAGAAUUUUGAAAAAAUGCAUUCUUUUAUAUGAAAGAACUUAUUUUAAGCAAUCCAUAAAGAUAUGGAAAAAGAAUACCGAUUUUGUAAGAAUUAAUGAAUUUAACCAAGAUUAUAAAAAAAGAUUGAUCGCAAAAAUAAUUUUUACAAGAAUCAGUUUGAGCGUAAAGCGGGUUAAAUCAAAAGUUUUCAAAAUCAUUCAUGAUUAUUCUGUUGACGUUUAUUAUAAAAGCCAAGAAGAAACUUUAGCUGAAUCUGCUUCAAGCACAAAACUUAGCCAAGACAACAACAGCGAUUUUGAACGAAUAAAGAAUGAUAAAGAUUCAGCGCUUGAAGAAAAGUUUCAGACUCUUGAAAGGUACUUGCAAAUUGUACAAUUGAACGUUCUAAGCGAAGCAUGGAGUAGCUUUAUGGAAGAUGGGAAAAAAAGGGUAUAUAGCAUUAUAAGCCUACCUAAUACAACUGAUGCUACUUCAAACAACACCCCAGAAAUCUUGCGGCAGGAUGAAGAAAUGGUUCAUAUGCCUCCAAUUGACAUCUUUCCAGUUCGCCACACAGCAAAUCCAUUUCUGAGUUCAAGCUCGUUUAACUUCUUGUCUGUCUUUCCUAACUUGCAUAUGCAGCUAUCAGAAAAAGAUAAACAAAAAUUAGAAUUUAUUUCACCAACUUAUUCAGAUAAAUUUAUCUUAGACUUGCCGAGCGAGCAGAGGUCUCAUCCAAUGGAUCUUGAAGACUUUGAUGCUUUAAGAACUCCAAGCUCAACCCCAACUAAACUCAGGCUUUUUAACAUCUCCCAGCCUGCAUUUAAAACCCCAGAAGUUAAGGACCAAAAUGAAACGAGCAGGUCUAAUCUAUUUGCCGACCACUCACUACAAAGAAGUUUCGAUAACUCAGAUUACCAGAAAAAGCUGAUCCAGAGCAUGAUUUCUAAGCCAAAAGUUCAUAAAGAAAAAGAGCCAGAAAAAGAAAAAGCAUUAGAAGUUGCCCUUAACUCCGGCAGACCUCCUUGGAAGCCGUCCAGCAAGAGCGCAGUAAUAGAAGAAAAAAAGAAACCAUUAAUCAAUCCUACCAAAAUAAUGCAGCAGUAUGAUUACGGACUAAAAGAAAGACUGAAAUUUAUUGCAAAACACAAAGCCAGGGUACAAACUCCAAACUCAGACAGGCCGCAAAACUAUUCUCCUUACCCAAGCUUAUUAACUUUACCUGACAGUGUUCCUUCAGAAACUGAACUUUUCAUUCCAUUUGACGAGAAAAUUAUUUUUAAUAGUGACAUGAGCUUUGGAAAGAAGCUUGGAGAUGACAAAAGAAAAAGAAUUAGCUAUAAAAAAUUGAUAAAAUAUAGGAAAGGGAUGCCUAUCUUUGAAAAAGUUAUGAUGAAAAUACUUUUAAAGGUGAAAUCCGGAGCAUUAAUGAAUAUAAAGUUUAAGCCAAAAGAUGUAGCAAAAAUAAGAAGCAGCAGAGGAACAGAAAAUAAAAAGAAGCAGAUAUCAUGACAGAAACGCUUGUAUAUUCUAGCUUCAGAUAGUUUAAAAAAGGCUAUGAGAAAAAUUUUUGCCAAAAGAUUUGUUGCGAAAUUAAUGAAAUACCGUUAA